AGUCCAACAUGACAGUGUGUGGACUGUAGACUUUUCUCAUUUUGUGUGAAAGAACCAGGUACAGUAAAUGCGUGACUCGGAGAUAAACGGCGUGUCGAUGCCAGUAGGUGGAAUAAUAAUAACAAUAGUAUCGAGUUUUAUCAAUGGUUCGACUUUUGUGCUUCAAAAAAAAGGGAUUUUACGCGCUCGUGAAAAAGGAGGCUCGUACCUCAAGGAUGUAGUGUGGUGGAGUGGCACGCUGGCCAUGAUUAUUGGUCAGAUGGGUAAUUUCGUAGCUUACAAUGUUGCUCCAGCAGUCAUUGUUACACCACUGGGAGCACUUGGAGUAUUAUUUGGGUCAUUGUUGGCUUCCUGGAUCCUGAAUGAGCAUUUGAAUAUUUUGGGGAAGCUCGGCUGUGUGUUGUGCUGUAGUGGAGCUGUGGUGCUGAUCAUUCACUCACCUAAAGCAGAAACCGUGACUUCAAGACUGGAGCUGGAGGACAGAUUAUCUGACCCAGUAUUCAUCCUCUAUGCCUCAUUGGUUGUCCUGGUCUUAUUGGUCCUUAUUUUUUGGAUAUCUCCCAUCCAUGGCUCUUCCAACAUCAUGGUCUACAUCUCUAUCUGCUCAUUGUUUGGCAGCUUCACUGUUCCCUGCAGCAAAGGACUUGGCUUGGUCGCCCAAGAAGCAUUCAGUGCAGGUCCUGAUAGUGGGAGGGCUCUGGUUAUUUUUCUAUGUUUGCUGUGUACACUAGCGGUCAGUAUCCUCACCCAGUUUUUCUUUAUCAAUAAGGCCUUGGAGAUAUUCAACUCUAACAUGUUUGAAGCUAUUUAUUAUGUGGCUUUUACGUCAACUGUGCUUGUGGCAUCGGCUAUACUUUUUAAGGAAUGGACGGCACUGACUAUAUGUGACAGUCUAGUUCUGGUUUGUGGCUUUUCAACUGUGUGCGUUGGAGUGGCUUUGCUACGCAUUUCCCAAGAGGCAGAGCUUACCUGGAAGCCAAAACCACAGAGGAAGAAGACAGACUAAAAUAUUCACAACCACAAUGCAUUUUGUGCCAAACUACAUUCCUUUCAUACUUGAAUUUUAGACCAAGCAGAACAGAAACCACAUGCUAGUAUUACCACUUCUCAAAAAUGCAGCUAAUUCAAACUGAUAUGUCAAAAGACUUUUUGAUUUGAAUUUUGAUCUAUAAUGAAGAACAUAUAGAGAAACUUUUCCCACAAGAUUAUAAUAUACUCCAUUUAUGUGUAAUUUAAUAACUUUUAUUACUAACUGUUAUUAUACUUGAAUUGUUCUUGUGAUACAUCUCUUCACUGCAUCUCAUCGUUGAUCUUCAUCUAAGUCUUUAACUGAAAACCCAAUUUAUGCAUUGUGCACCUGUAUUUACUGUUGUGCCUUGGUACAUGUCAUUGCAAUCUCACCAGUCUUACCUUGAUUAAUCUUCUACUCUCAAUAAACACUUGAGUUUUGAGGACCACC